AUUCGUGAAUCGGAAAUUAGUUCUGAAUCUAAACAGACGAAAAUAGUGGAUACGCGAAAUGUUUGCUUAAAUGUUAUGAGGGGGAUAAUUCAAGUCGACAUACGAUCAGCGGUGAGGCUGUUGCUAUAGAAACGCAGGCAGCACAGGUUGUCGUCGGUUGUGCGGUGGAAAGGUAUUGAAGGUUCACUCGUAUGUCAGGAAAGUAGGCAGGCGGAUCUGAGGACGGGCGAUUUGAAAGAAAUAAAGGAAUUGAUCAGAAGAAGGACAUGUCGGAGCGAGUAGCUUCAUGUGGGAACCUGUAUGACUCGAACACCCUUCUGCUUCGGUAUUGCAACGAUGAUUACGUAUCAGCCGGUAGUGGGAUGGAGAUGGACGACCGUCUCUCUCACCUGGAGCAGAGGGUGCAGCUGCAGGAGGAUGAGAUUCAGUUGCUGAAGGCAGCGCUGGCGGAUGCUUUAAGAAGGCUGGGCUGCUGUGAGGAGAUCACACAGGCCAGCAACAAGAAAGGACCAACUAAAGUUCGGCAGAUACUGCAAGCUCUGCCAUCCAAACCUCUGACAAAUGGCUACGUGCAAACAAAACGCUUGAGUGGGUAUCCUUCCUCUCCCUCCUCUCCAAAAAAAGAGGUGCUGAUGUCUAUCAAAAGGAAGAGCAUGUCCACAGAACGCCUGUCCACGGUAAAGAAGGAGAUGGCAGACUCCCGCAGCAGAACCACCUCAUCCAGCAGUUCAACAUGUGGAAAGAGAGACAGCAAAACCAAAGAGUGCACCCUCAAUGCUGAUGAUGGUUACGUGAGGAUGUUCAUACGUGGACGUCCAAUCACCAUGCAUAUUCCAGACCAGCUGAGGGAAGGCUACACCCUUGACCACAAGGUGGCGCUGCCAGAACGCAAGCUAAAACUUCAGUGGGUUUAUGGCUAUAGGGGAAGAGACUGCCGUUCCAACCUCUACCUGCUGCCGACGGGAGAGAUUGUGUACUUCAAUGCCUCCGUAGUGGUGCUGUACAAUGUAGAAGAGCAACAACAAAGACACUAUCUGGGCCAUAAUGAUGAUGUCAAGUGUUUGGCCAUCCAUCCAGACAUGGUCACCAUAGCAACUGGACAAGUUGCUGGAACAUCCAAAGAUGGCAAAGCUUUGCAGCCUCAUGUCCGUGUGUGGGACUCUGUCAGUUUGAACACUCUUCAUGUGAUCGGCGCGGGUGUGUUUGACCGAGCUGUCACCUGUGUUGCCUUUUCAAAGUCGAAUGGUGGUGCUCAUUUGUGUGCGGUUGACGAUGCAAAUGACCACAUUUUGUCAGUUUGGGAUUGGCAGAAAGAAAAGCAGCUGGCAGAGGUUAAGUGUUCCAAUGAUUCAGUUCUGGGUGCUGUCUUCCACCCCAUGGAGGCUAACCUCGUUGUCACCUGCGGGAAGUCUCAUAUCAACUUUUGGACAAUGGAGGGGAGUACUCUUACAAAACGACAGGGACUGUUUGAGAAACAUGAAAAACCCAAGUAUGUACUCUGCGUCGCUUUUGCUGAGAAUGGAGAUGCAAUCACCGGAGAUUCUAGUGGAAACAUCUACAUCUGGGCAAAAGGUGGAAACCGAAUCAGCCAGGUGGUUUCGGGAGCCCAUGAGGGUGGGAUCUUCUCUCUGUGUGUGCUGAAGGAUGGAACGCUGGUGUCAGGUGGAGGAAAAGACCGCAGGGUGCUGCAGUGGGACCAUGAUUACCGCAAAAAGAGUGAGAUUGAGGUUCCCGAGGCCUAUGGGCCCGUCCGCACUCUAGCUGAAGGAAAACAGGACGAGCUGUUUGUGGGAACAACCCGAAAUGCUGUUCUGCGGGGCUCUUUCUCUGGUUCCCUCACUCCCAUUGUUCAGGGUCACACUGAUGAGUUGUGGGGCUUGGAUGUGCAUCCUAGUACUGAGCAGUUUGUAACAUGUGGUCAAGACAAGCAGGUCUAUCUCUGGGACACCACUUCCCAUCUGCCUCUGUGGAGCAAAGCCAUUGAGGACCCUGGACGUUCCGUUGGAUUUCAUCCCACUGGCACUGUGCUUGCUGUGGGCACCAUGACAGGAAGGUGGUUGGUGCUGGACGCUGACACCCGUGAUCUUGUCUCUAUGCAUACGGACGGCAAUGAAAUCAUCUCCGUUGUUAAAUAUUCUCCAGAUGGGGCGUACCUGGCUGUUGCUUCCCACGACAACUUUGUUUACAUCUACUCUGUUACAGAGAACGGCAGGAAAUACAGCCGUGUUGGCAAAUGCACUGGACACUCCAGUUUUGUCACUCAUCUCGACUGGUCCAACGACAGCCAGUUUAUUGUAACCAACUCAGGCGACUAUGAGAUCUUAUUCUGGGAAGCAUCCAGUGGGAAGCAUAUAACUAGUGCAGAUGUAGUGCGCAAUCUGGAAUGGGCCACUUCCACCUGUGUGUUGGGUUUCAAUGUGUUUGGAAUCUGGCCUGAGGGAGCUGAUGGCACAGACAUUAAUGCUGUAUGCAGGUCACAUGACAAUAACCUUCUUGCCUCAGCUGAUGAUUUUGGCAAAGUGCACUUGUUCUCUAAUCCCUGUUCCCAGCCAAGGGCCGCCAGCCAUAUCUAUGGUGGGCAUAGCAGCCAUGUGACCAACGUUGCCUUUCUCCAUGACGACAGUCAUCUUAUUUCUACUGGUGGGAAGGACACCAGCAUUCUUCAAUGGGUGCUCGCUUAGUCCCAUGUGAGGCGACCUGCUGCAACCUCACUGUAGACUCCUGCCCACUAGAGGGCAGCACUGCUGUGCCUAAUUUCAUUCUCUGCUGUCCCAUUUGCCUGUAUUGUGUACUAUGUUAUUAGGUUUUCCAUUACGUGCUGGUACGGAGUCGGUUUCUCUUGUCCAGAUGUAAUUACCGUGAUUGUUUGAGGGUAGAGGUUGAGCUUAAAUCAGUGGCGAACUCUAGUUGAAAGUGAAUUGCUGAACACUUUGUUGAAUCACCACCAGAAGGAGCUCUGGUGCAGGAGAAGAAGCAUGUUGUCUACUGUUGACACUAUUUAAGCCUAUUUAAAGAGUUUAGCUGCUAUUUGUGUUGCGGAAGCCCAUAGAAAUAUAUAAUGCUGUCUCUUAGUGGAGGUUGUAUUUUAAUAUUGGAAGUACAUAAUAAGCCAAGUGCCAGGCUUUUGAUGCAUAUCUAGGGGUGAACUUAAGCUGUGCUUUGCCUUUUAUUUGUUAAUAAAGUUUCUCAUAUAGCAAUGAAUGUCCUUGUAAUCCCUGAAGGGUUGAUCUAACGACACAUAUAAGCUGAUUUCAUAAUGUAUAUGUAUAAUUAAACAUUAUAUCAUUUUAA